UUCCUGCGCCAAACAGAUCGGGCGCUCGGAACGAGUUGCGCUAACGUUCAAUAUGGCGUUAAGCAAAACAUACGGACAGAAACCUAUUAAAUUCCAACUAGAGGAGGAUGAAGAAUUUUACAUGAUUGGAUCAGAGGUGGGGAAUUUCUUACGUAUGUUCAGAGGGUCUUUAUAUAAGCGCUACCCAUCACUCUCAAGAAGACUAGCGACAGUAGAGGAGAGAAAGAAAAUAGUAGCAUCAUCUCACGAUCACGGUUACACCACUUUAGCCACCAGUGUGACGCUGCUGAAGGCCUCCGAAGUAGAGGAGAUAUUUGAGGGGCAUGAUGAGAAGUACAAGGCUGUGUCCAUCAGCACUGAACCUCCAGCCUAUCUCAGGUAAACCAUUUCUCACCUUUGA